UUCCUUCACUCACUUCCGAAUCUCCCAACGGCAACGCUGGAGCUGACUCAAUGAAGUCCCGAGGCGACGGCGAAACCACCACCAGCAACUCCAACUCAAAGAAGAUUCUGCUGACGUCACUCUCAGCAAUGGUGGCUGAAACCUCGACAUUUCCGAUCGACCUGAUUAAAACCCGGCUCCAGCUCCACGGCGAGCGUCAGUCAGCCCUCUCGUUAACCCCUAAACCCACCAGGGCCACCACAAACACCUUCAAAAUCGCCUACCAAAUCCUCCGCAACGACGGCCUUUUCGGGCUCUACAAUGGCUUGUCCCCGGCAAUUUUAAGACAUCUAUUUUAUACUCCUAUCCGGAUUGUGGGUUAUGAGCAUUUAAGGGCCCAAAUUCGCCCUUCGGACCAUCCACUUUCUCUAUCGACAAAACCAAUUCUUGGUGGCAUUUCUGGAGCAAUAGCUCAGAUAGUGGCCAGCCCGGCUGACCUCAUUAAAGUGAGGAUGCAAGCAGAUACACGAAUGGUGAAUCAAGGUCUCAGGCCCAGGUACCUGGGGCCAUUUGAUGCUUUAUGCAAGAUUAUUUCUCAGGAAGGAUUUGGAGGACUUUGGAAAGGCGUCUUCCCAAAUGUGCAGAGAGCCUUCUUGGUGAACAUGGGAGAAUUAGCUUGUUAUGAUCACGCAAAACAUUUUGUUAUACAAAACCAGAUUGCUGAAGAUAAUAUUUAUGCGCACACUUUAUCUUCCAUUAUGUCUGGUCUUUCAGCAACAGCAUUGAGUUGUCCUGCAGAUGUAGUUAAAACAAGAAUGAUGUAUGAGGCAGCUGGUGUCGAUGGGAAGGCAAAAUAUCAGAAUUCAUUUGAUUGUCUCGUCAGAACUGUUAAAAUUGAAGGAUUUGGCGCACUGUGGAAGGGAUUCUUUCCCACAUGGGCAAGGCUUGGUCCUUGGCAAUUUGUGUUCUGGGUUUCAUAUGAGAAACUCCGCCAGAUCGCAGGGCUUUCCUCAUUCUGACGACUUCUUGUCAACAAAUUAACUUAGUAGUCUUCAUAGAUGCACAUUCCAAAGCAUCAGCCACUAUUUUGUCUUCUGAUCUUAGUGCAUGGAUGCUGCAGUUUUGAACUUUUGAUCACCUUCAUUUUUUUUAAGCGGUUUUCAUGAGCAAAGGUCAGAAA